AGCACCUGUGCUGCCGUCACUAUGCCUGAAGUAAACACGGACCAGCUGGAUGAGAAGCAGGUGCAGCUCUUGGCAGAGAUGUGCAUCCUCAUUGAUGAAAAUGACAAGAAGAUUGGAGCGGAGACCAAGAAAAACUGUCACUUGAAUGAAAACAUUGAUAGAGGUUUACUGCACCGAGCUUUCAGUGUUUUCUUAUUUAAUUCAGAAAAUAAACUGUUGCUGCAGCAGAGGUCAAAUGCAAAAAUUACGUUUCCAGGUUGUUUUACCAACACGUGUUGCAGUCAUCCUUUAAGCCAUCCGCUAGAACUGGAAGAGAACGGUGCCAUCGGCGUUCGGAGAGCAGCACAGAGACGACUGAAAGCGGAGUUAGGAAUUCCCAUGGAGCAGGUACCUCCAGAAGAAAUCUCCUAUCUGACACGAAUUCACUACAAGGCCAAGUCUGAUGGGAUCUGGGGUGAACAUGAGAUAGACUAUAUCUUAUUUGUACAGAAGGAUGUAACAGUGAACCCUGACCCCAAUGAGAUCCAAAGCCACUGCUACGUGACGCAGAAAGAACUGAAGCAGCUCUUGGACAAAGCCUCCAAGAAUGAAAUUAAGAUUACUCCAUGGUUUAAACUCAUUGCAGAGACCUUUCUUUUUAAGUGGUGGGAUAACUUAUCUAACCUGAACAAAUUUGUUGAUCAUGAAAAAAUACACCGAAUGUAAUUAGUUGGGGUAAAAGAUGCUGAAGGCUAGCAGUGAUGUGCUGCCUCAUUAACACUGUGGUGACUCAAGUGCGGAAAAUUGGUCCCCUGAGAGCAUGUUUAACUAUAGAGAUGGUUUUAGCCAAUGUGGUUUAUUUUCUUGUCUUUACCUCCUCUUCCCCUCCCAACCCUGUUCCUCUUGAGUGAGUUUAAUCUC